CACCGGGCUUUAGGGAAGCAGCGCUGGGAGGCGGGAGGGGAAAGGGGCAGCUGGGGGUGUUUUGGUUUGUGGUGGUUUGUGGUUUUCAAUCGCAGCAGAGGAAAUGCUCGAGUUUAAUCAAGAAGGGGUUUAAUCCUUGCUGAGAGCUGGGAAAGCAGGAGUCUGAACGCAGCCUCUAGAGCAGGGCAGCAAAAGCUGCUCCGUGUUCUCUUCUGUUUGUGCCCACAGAGCCAGCACAUCACCCCUCUCCCCCUGUCCCUGGGGAUUGAUUCAGUGGUGUCCUGAGAGCUCAACCUGCCCUGACACAUCAUUGGACACGUUCCUAUACGGCUCUCCUGUCCAGCCAUGCUGCACUUUCUCUGGGACAGCAUCUCCUUCCCUACACUCCUCAUCUUCCUCAUUGUCUUCCUGUUUGUUGCUGACUACAUGAAGAACAGAAACCCAAAGAACUUCCCUCCCACCCCUUUACGCCUUCCCUUUUUAGGUCACAUCUACAUGAUGGACUUCAAAGCUCCCCAUAUCACAGUGGAGAAGUACACUAAAAAUUAUGGUGACAUCUUCGGCAUGUCCAUGGGCAGCAUGAAGCUUGUGGUAGUAAACAGGAUGCGACUGAUUAAGGAAGUGCUUGUAAACCAAGGAGAAGACUUCCUUGAGCGCCCAGAAAUUCCUAUGGAUAUGUUCAGCAAGAUAGGACUGAUCUCCUCCAGUGGGCACUUGUGGAAGGCACAGAGGAGGUUCACCUUGACCACCCUCCGAAACUUUGGCUUGGGGAAGAGGAGCGUGGAGGAACGCAUCCAGGAGGAAUGCCGAUUCCUCGUGGAUGCCAUUAAGGAUGAGCAGGGGAAUCCUUUUGAUCCUCAGUUUACACUCACUAACGCUGUUUCAAACGUCAUCUGCUCCCUCACCCUCGGCAAUCGGUUUGACUACCACGAUGAGGACUUCCAAAACUUGCUGAAGCUGAUGCAUGAGACGGUUUUACUUCAGGGAGCUGUCACAGCCCAGCUGUACAACUCUUUCCCAUCUAUAAUGAAGUUCCUCCCUGGAGCACACCAAACCAUUUCUAAAAACUGGAAGUGGCUGAAAAACUACAUGCAAGAGCAGAUCAACAAACACAAGGAGGUGGAACCCUCGGAGAGCCGGGACUACAUCGACAGCUACCUGCAGGAGAUAGCCAAGGACAAGGGCAGUGACACCUUCCGGGAGGAACAUCUCGUCGCCUGCACCCUCGAUCUAAUGUUUGCUGGAACAGAGACCACUUCCUCAACCCUCCGCUGGGCUCUGCUGUUCAUGGCCUUACAUCCAGAAAUUCAAGCCCGCGUGCAAGCUGAGAUCGACGCCGUCAUCGGACAGGCACGGCAGCCAGUGCUGGAGGACAGGAACAACAUGCCCUACACCAACGCCGUCAUCCAUGAGGUGCAGAGGAAAGCUAACAUCGUCCCUUUGAGCAUGCCAAGAGUUGCAGCAAAGGACACAACUCUGGAUGGCUUCUUCAUCCCAAAGGGCACUGUUUUAACAACAAAUAUAACCUCUGUGAUGUUUGACAAGAAUGAGUGGGAAACCCCUGACAGUUUUAACCCUGGGCAUUUCCUGAAGGAUGGGAAGUUCUGGAAAAGGGAAUGUUUUCUGGCAUUCUCUAUGGGGAAGCGUGCCUGCCUGGGUGAGGUGCUGGCCCGCUCCGAGCUCUUCCUCUUCUUCACGUCUCUGCUCCAGAAAUUCACCUUCCAGGCACCCCUGGACACCACGCUCAGCCUCCAGCCCGUGAUGGGCAUCACGAUGGCCCCACAGCCCUACAAGAUCUGUGCUGUGCCUCGGUAGGGAAGCCUUGGCUACCAUCCUCACAGGGAAAAUCCUUUGUCAGGAACGCUGAAAACAAGCUUUUGGCAGCUCCCUUGGGCUCGAGGGAGAUGCAGGGCAGUUUGUUUCUUUUAAAGCAGUUGCUAAACAAUUUCUUUUACAUGUUGACCUUGUGCUCUGUUUGCCAUGAGAAAGGUCAUGAGCCUGGUAGGUGCCAGGCCCUAUGGCACUUUAAAUGGAUCAGGGGUUUGGGACCUUCCUAAUUACAUGAUGGAUGGCCAUAGUUCACCUUGGCAAAAUGAGGGACACUUGAGAGAUUGCAGUGUAGAGGCUGUGGCUGUGUAGAGUUGAAGAGCAAUAGCAGCCCUUGUUUUAUAACACUAAUACAAGCAGUAAUUCAUCAACAUUUUAAGGAAAUGUACUCACAAAAAAAAAAAAAAAAAAGUCUCUAACACCUGUCUGAUGCAUCAAUAAACGUUUACCAAAACA